AUGAAAAAUAACAAAGAAGCCUCUCUUUAUACCAUUGAUCUUGAUGAUUCAUCUCUGAAUCAAGCUUAUGAAACAGCAACUGCAUUCUUUGCAAUUCUUGGCGAAUGGAUGAUCUUUGUCCUCGCAUGUUCCAUCUCGUUAUUCUUCAUUCCUCUAACUCCAUCUUUCACACUCCAUUCAGCAACUUCAACCGUUCUCAAUGUCACCAAUGAAAAAACCUUCGCAGCCAACUUGGGCUUCGAGUUUCUCGCAGAAGAUUCCAACCCCAUUGGAAGCACCAUCCACUAUGACUCUCUUGAUGUCUCCCUCUUCCAUCAUCAAGAAAAGCUUUCGGUCUUCUCUCUUCCGCGUUCUUUUUACAACGAACCCGCAUUAGGUUCAACUCAAGAAGCAAAGUUCAGUAACGUGUCUAUGAAGGUUGACGAAUGGAACGUCGCGAAUGAUGAUCGCAGCCACGGAAAGUCUUGCUGGUUUGUGUAUUUGGAUUUAUUUUUCAGUGCUAAUGCGAGAUACGAGCAACCAAUGUGGCCGGUUAUGAAAGACAAACUUGAAGGUCAUUGUGGAGAACUGAAAGUUGAAAUGUGUUCUUCUGGUUCGAGCACGGUGGUUAACUCGCUUCGCGCGCCGUGUGAUGUUUAUAGUGAUCUGGUGACGAAGGUUAGGAUCGCAUUGUUUGGAAUGUUGAUCUUUCUUCUUGUAACUGCUGUGGCUGUUCCACUUGUUGUUGAGUAUCUUGUUGAAUCUUAG